CAACAUGAUCAUCAUUAAUAGGCACAGAACAACGUAGUUACGACAUGUAACUUCUUAUCACUAUUUGCGUGAUAUGUUAAUAAAGUUGUUGUAUUGUUGAUGACUUCACAGAAACUCCUUACUUGUGGCUUAUCAUUAAAAUGGAGAUUUUCCAAAACUUCAGACGUUGCGUUCUAAGAUCGCAAAUCGUGAUUUCAAAAUUGAAAUACUCAACGAAAUUAGAUGGACUACUUAAUGAUGUUCAUGUUUUGGACUUAAGUCGUAUAGUAGCUGGUCCGUUUUGUACUAUGACCUUGGGCGAUUUAGGCGCGAAUGUAAUAAAAGUGGAAAGCCUAAGCGGAGACGAGGCCCGAAAAUGGGGCCCCCCUUUUAUGAAGGACUGCGGGGAUUCUUAUUAUUUUCAAUCUGUGAAUAGGAAUAAGAAAAGCAUUUGUAUUGACUUCAAGUCACAGGAAGGAAAGAAAAUAAUAUAUGAUCUAGCAAAGAAAUGUGAUGUGCUAGUAGAGAACUUCAUUCCUGGGAAACUGGACCAGAUGGAUGUAGGAUAUGAAAAGCUUAAAACUGUCAACCCUAAGCUUAUAUACUGUGCUAUCACAGGUUUUGGACCUAGAGGACCAUAUACAAAAAAACCUGGAUAUGAUGUAAUAGCAGCAGCUAUGGGUGGACUGUUACACACUACAGGUGAACGCAAUGGGAACCCAGUAAAGACAGGUGUAGCAAUUACUGACAUUACAACUGGCCUGCAUGCUUUCGGAGCAAUCAUGGCUGCAUUAUACCACCGUAAUAGCACUGGCCGUGGUCAAAAGAUUGACUGUAAUUUACUCUCCACUCAGAUAUCAAGUAUGAUCAAUAUAGCCACAAUUUAUUUGAACUGUGGUGUUGAGGGUCAACGUUGGGGAACGGCACAUGCUAAUCUGGUCCCUUACCAGGCUUUCAAAACUAAAGAUGGUUAUAUGGUUAUUGGUACAGGAUCGAAUCCACAAUUUGCUGACUUCUGUAAGCUCAUAAAUCGUGAAGAUCUUAUAACCGAUGAAAGGUUCAAGGAUAAUUCUAAUAGAGUGGAAAAUAGAGAUGAAAUUAUCAAAAUCAUUAGUGAUGUUAUCAUUACAAAGACAAGCAAAGAAUGGAGUGCUUUAUUUAAAGAUGCAACCUUUCCCAAUGGUCCAAUUAAUACUAUGAAAGAUGUCUUUGAUGAUGAGCAUGUAAAAAAAAUAGGAUUGGUUAAAGAAUUACAGCACACAAGUGCAGGGACUCUGAAGGUAGUUGGUCCUCCAACAGAGUUUAGCGAAGGUGGUAACUUAGCCCGUACUGCACCCCCUACAUUGGGCCAACAUACAACAGACAUUCUAUCCGAUUUCCUUGGUUACCAUGAGAGUAAAAUUCAAGGAUUAUUCGAAAAGAACAUCAUUAGAUAAUUCUUCUCUUAUUUGUUAUCUGUUUCAGAAUCCGUGGAGCGUGUAGCUGUAAUAACUCUGAGGCCGACUCGGACUGAACCUCGGAAGAAGGUUGUCUGGACCGAGGACACAGUCGACAAUGAACACAUGAACAAAAAGAAAUCUAAAUGUUGUUGUAUAUACGAGAAGCCUCGUCGUUUCGGUGAAUCGGACAGCGAAGACAGCGACGACGAAUGCGAGCACUGCUUCGGUCACGUCGAGCGCCGGCACCGACAUCCCCCCGCGAGCACCCCCGCGGCGCAGUUGGCGACAGAGGCGGAGUCGCCUGCGUGUAUAACGUUGAAGCCCCCCGAGCCUUCGCCCCCAGACGGAGCCCCGACACAUACAGAAUAAAACAUAGAUAGAGAUACUUAAACACCGAAAUAUAUUUGUAUGUUAAGCGAGUCGUUUAGUUUAAUUGACGACAUGUCGGACUGUUGGUAAAUAAUAAGAGUUUUUUUUGAAACAACCUGAUGUAAUUAGUUUUAGUUUUGUGUCUCUUUCGAUUGUAUUUGAAGCUGACUGUUAAUGAAAGAGACAAUAACCUUUCCUAGGUCACAACGCGGCCAACAAAAGGCCGAUUGAUUCUAUGUAUGUGCGCGUUUCCCGUGAACACUGAACUAUAAUAGAAUUAUUUUGUCCGUGCAGUUUGGGUCAUAAAACAUAGCCCGGCUAGGGCGUGAGCAUGAUGCGCGGGCGCCACGCCGUUAUCGGUAAAAACAAUUGAGUCAUCGAAGGAAGGGUACAAGGCGGCGGGGUGGUAUACGAAGGGUGGUGAGACAUUAUUAUGUUUAGAGUCAUUUGUACUUACCUGCAAAUUAUAGUACAUUAUGU